AGUGUCGAUUAUUGAAAGCUGUGCACAUCAUGAACGACAGCCAUAUACUGGGCAAACGCGACAGUUCAGCAAAUGCGAUUCAUAAAAAAGCGUCAUUCGUCAAAAACAAUUCGGUAUUCGGUGUAAUAGACACACACAUACAUUGUUUUUGCCAUACGAAAAGUAAAUUUCAACAACACGCGAUAUCUGACUAUUAUUAUUGUGCAAAACAAAGCUGGAAUUGCGAAAAAGUUUAAAUUGUAUUUUUUUCAAUUGGUUUUUGGAUUUGUGAACCGGAUUUUAAUGUGAAAUUUAUUAAGAUUUAAGUAAAAUGACCGCUACAGAAAGUACAAAUGUUCAGAUUAUUGCUGGAGCAACAGAGGGUGAUAUCCAAAUUGGCCAAACGUAUACCGUACGUCGACCGGAUGGUACACUCCACGAAGCAACCAUCAUACAAACACGCGAAACCGAAGACAAAAUACACGAAUACUAUGUUCAUUACUCUGGUUUAAAUCGACGCUUGGAUCAGUGGGUUACAGUGGAUCAAAUUUUGUCGACAAACACAAUCGAUGACGAUGACAACACAUCGGGUGAUAGCAAAAGUUUGAACAACGCAACACCGGCAAUAAUCGAUCCGAUAAAAACUAACGUGCUCAAAUCAUUGAAUAAUACGUCAAUUUUGAAUGAUUCAUCGACGGUGGUCGACAGUUCCGAGCGAAAAAUCACACGAAACCAAAAAAGGCGUCACGAUGAAAUCAAUCACGUUCAAAAGCCAUAUUCCGAAAUGGACCCAACGACGGCUGCACUGGAAAAAGAGCACGAAAGCAUUACCAAAGUUAAAUUCAUCGAUACAUUGCGCAUAGGAAAAUUCGAAAUUGACACAUGGUAUUUUUCACCGUACCCCGACGAAUAUGGAAAAGUUAAAACAUUGUAUGUGUGCGAAUAUUGUCUGAAAUAUAUGAAAUAUGAAAGCACAUACCGACGUCACUGCAGGGAGUGUAUGGUUCGAUCGCCGCCUGGCAACGAGAUCUAUCGAAAGGGAGUAAUAUCAGUAUUUGAAAUUGAUGGUCGCGAUCAAACCAUCUACUGUCAGACACUUUGCCUAAUGGCAAAACUUUUUUUGGACCAUAAAACGUUAUACUUUGACGUUGAACCAUUUUAUUUUUAUGUUUUGUGUGAAAUUGACCGCAAUGGCUACCAUAUCGUUGGGUAUUUUUCCAAAGAGAAGGAAUCGCCCGAUGGAAAUAAUGUUGCCUGCAUUUUAAUUCUACCACCGUAUCAGCGAAAAGGUUACGGUAAAUUCCUAAUUGGAUUCAGUUAUGAGCUAUCAAAGCGUGAAGGUGUAUUGGGCAGCCCCGAAAAGCCACUAUCCGAUCUGGGACGAUUGAGCUAUCGCAGCUACUGGGCAUACACAUUGCUGGACAUAAUGAAGGACAGUCGAACAGCAUCGCCAUCAAUACGUGAGCUCAGCGAAAUCAGUGGCAUCACUCAGGAAGAUAUCAUCACAACGUUGCAAAGUAUGAAAAUGGUGAAAUACUGGAAGGGACAACAUGUCGUGUGUAUGUCACAAAAAACGGUCAACGAACAUUUGCUAUUGCCACAAUUCCGUCAACCAAGACUAACCGUUGAUCCGACAUGCUUGCGAUGGGAUCCACCGAGAAAAUUUUUACCAGCCAAAAAUAAUCGAAAAAGUUUCUCACUUAAGCUCAAUGGAAACGAUACAACUGUGUAAACAUCCGAAUAAAAAAAAAAAACAGAAACAGUUUAGGAAAAUUAAGGGAGUCUCUUGCGAAAAUUGGAAUCAUUUUGUUGGUUUGUUUGAGUGAGAAACAAUUUUAAUACCACGGUAAAAAUUGUAUACAAACUUAUUCAAUAAAAAGAAAUCUAUUGAUGCAAAA